UGCGCGUACGCUGUUAUUUCUGAAAUGCUUUUAACUAAUUCAGCGUUGUGGAUUGAAACCUUCAAAGUUCAAACACAUAUAUAUAAUUUAAGGCCACACGAGCCGUUGUUCGUUCAUCUUUCUUUUCUUCCCCAACCAAAAAAAAAAAGGUUUCGUGAGAUCCGUGGCUGCUAAAGGUUUUCACCUUUCAGAGCUCUUUCUUCUUUCUUACUCAGAAAAAAAGAUACGUGCACUUUUUCUGACGAAUCUUUGCCACAUAUUCUGGAUUUAAAGAGCUCGGAAUUGCAUGUCGUUAUGGUAAUUGUUUGAUUCAUUUUUUCUUCAAUCUCUCUAUUUCUCUGCUGAUGAAUGUUGAUUCCCAACAAGUUUAUGCUGUUGGGUUGAUACAGAUAAAUAUUUAGAAAAUUCUAAAGUUUUCCCCCUUUUGCCAGCCUUAAACUAGAAUGCACGUAUUUUCUUUACAUUAUUAAACAUUUACUCCCUCAUGGAUUUCAAUGAGGGUUCUAAUCUCGCAAAGUCUGUAUAAAGCUGGUAUUUUGACAUGUUCUUGUUAGAGUUUAUUGAAUAACAAUCCCAAUUCAUGGAUGAGCAUUGUUAGGAGUACGAUGUCUUGUAUUCUGUCAGAUAGAUUUGUGGGUUGAUUCCAUAGGGCCGCUAACAACCUUCCCUGAGAGAGGUGUGGGGAUGAGCUGCCGUAACCCUAUUCUCCAUUGAUGGUGAAGCAGAUCUCAUCUCACCAUGGACGUCUGCAUCUCUUCUACAUGGUUGGGAUUGGUUUUCCUAGUUGACACUGUGUUCUUGUCACUCUGGCCGCCGCAACACAAUCAUAUUCUUCUCACACCACUAAGUGGGUGUGGGGUCAUAAUGAUAGGGUGGCCAUAUUAUGUGUGUUGAGGAGAUCAAAAUCGUCACACAUUUGGAGGCUGUGCCGUGUUUCAGAGGGUCUAUCACUCGACUAUGGCUAAGAUAGCUUGCGACGUGGACUCAGACAUAGUUUAGUGGAGCUCAAAUUCUGAUAGUUGGUAAUUGUACCUGGAAAAUAUUCAACCUAUGUAAUUUGAUCCUGGCCUUAGAUGUGUCCAAUAGUUAUUCAUAAAUAACUUCUCGAUAUUGAAAAUACCUCUCUGUGUUUGAAUGAAGUACUGGUUAGGUUUUCACGCUUCCAAACCCACAUCAUUUUCCAUAAUCAAAGAAAACAGUUCAACCGUCUGCUGAAGCAAUGGAUAGAACAUCUCAACAGUGCUCUCAGGAUCAAGCUCUGAAGGUUUCUAGUAUCCCAACUAAUUUAAAUCCAUUACACUUGGAACCAUACAUGUAUAACCUUUCCAAUACCAGUGCUAAGAAGCUUAAGAAUUCCUUGAGCACUGAGGGCGAUAUUAAAGUUCAUCAGAUGGUAAGGCUUAAACAAAGUCAGUCUGUGAAAAGUGGAAUGAAAAAAGAGGGAAAGGUAUUUUCCACCGUUGACACUGAGGAUGAGAUAGAUCAGGGCUCUACAGGUGAUAAUUCCCAUGAAAUGAACUCUAGUGCAAUGUUUGAUAUUCUUGACCAUGGCGUGCCAAUGAAAGAACCAUUCAACAUGAAGAACCUGGGAAUUGAUUUGCUUAAUCAGUGUCACGAAGCUCUGAUUGCUGAACCUUUUCAAGGGAAUUGUGUUCUAGCACAUAGUGAAAGCAUUUUUUCAAUUGGAGAUUCAAAGCAGCUUGAAAAAGGACAUGAAGAUUUUGCUACCCACUUAUCUGGUGAGCACGGCACUGACUCUGGACGCAGUGCAUCAACUACUUCACCCAUGAUUGCAAAAUCACAUUCCUUGCCUAUCCUGGGAGUCUGCACACUUCAGUCUGGAGAAGAUUCCUCUCCCCCAGUAUAUAUUGGACCUAGCUGCAGAUAUUCUGAUUAUAUAAAUGCUCAAAAUUCCAAGAGGGAAGAGUUUCUAAAUGAUGAGGUGGGAUCUUAUUUACUGCCAAAUCAAGAAAGAGAGAACAGCAUGUCUGAGAAUGAAAAAGAUAAACAUGAGAAUCUUUCUGUUGACGGAUACAAUUCUUUUUGCGUCAUUGGUCCAGAAAAAGACUGGACAACCAAGGGAAUGGAUGGGGUUGACAUGGCAAAAAAGCUUCAGGGAGAACCCUCAGUCCAAAAGUGUAAUGAUUUGCGAGGAAAGGAUUUCAAGAUCAAGCGUAUUGAGGAGUGGGUUAGCAUGAUUGAUCUUCAGGAUGGCAAUCCUUUUGAGGAAACAAGUGAAGCUGCCCCUUCUACCUAUGAGAUAAAGAAAGCCUCCACAGCAAUGGAUUCUAGAAUCACUCCAGGUGUAGAAGCAGCAAAAAGCUACAUCUCAUCUUUGACUGCCACGUCCUCAUUAGCUCAGCUGGAAAAUCUUGGGCUGACUGUGAUUCCAUUUCUUAGUGCUUUUGUUAGCCUAAGAGUACUUGAUUUAUCGGGAAAUGCUAUAGUGAGGAUAACUUCUGGUGCUCUUCCACGGGGCCUCCAUUUGUUAAAUCUAUCUAAAAAUAAAAUUUCCACCAUCGAAGGCCUUCGUGAAGUCACACGGUUGCGUGUACUGGACCUGAGCUGCAAUCGGAUAUUCAGAAUUGGUCAUGGACUAGCUUAUUGUUCCUCUCUGAAGGAGUUAUAUCUAGCUGGCAACAAAAUCAGUGAGGUGGAAGGGCUUCACCGUCUCCUCAAACUAAACAUCCUGGAUUUGCGUUUCAAUAAAAUAUCAACAGCCAAAUGUCUUGGCCAACUUGCAGCUAAUUACAGCUCCUUACAGGCCAUUAGCUUGGAAGGCAAUCCAGCACAGAGAAAUGUAGGAGAUGAACAACUGAAGAAACAUCUACAAGGUCUUCUCCCCAAUCUGGUCUACUUGAAUAGACAGCUUAACAAAGGGAACUCUUCAAAGGAGGUUGCUGACCGCCUAGUUCGAUCAGCACUCACUGCGCAUAAAUAUGAUGGUGGAUCGAGAUCAGAACUUAAGCUGACCCGGAAGGGAAGCUAUAAUGUAGCAUCUCACAAACCAUCAUCUUCUUCCAACCAUAAUCGAUCUAGUCGAGGAACACGCUCACCAAAUCAGUCCAAAAGGCGACACAAGCACCUGCCACCAAUCAGAACUAGAGGGACUACUGCUCCUUGUCACCGUGAUCUUGACCUCAGUAUGAAUAUAACAAAUUUGCAGUCAAGACUCCCUAUCCACCGGAGUUUAAGUGCGGGAAAUUUUUAGGAGCUCCAUGGCCAUAUCUCCAUGUUUAUCCAUUAAUUUAUUUUUCGUUGCCAUACUUUUGAGAUAUUCGAUUACUGGAAACUUGAUAUGUGAUUGUUUGCAACAUCAUAUUAAACCUGUGGGAUUGCAUCUAA